UUAACUUGUUAGACGCAGUCUAAACAAUUCAUUGUCAAUUUUCGUUUCGGUUUGACAAGAUCGGUGUGUUGUUUUUUGUCGAAACAUGGCUGCAGUCAAUGCUUUGAAACUCACCGCAUUGAGAUUUCGGAUUGUACCUCAUGUUAUCAGUGAGGUCAAACAAACGCGUUAUGUUAUCGUCAGUGGGAACCGUGCCAUUUCAUCGUAUUUUGGCCGGGAAAAGCUGGUUGGGAGAGAUGAAUCCAGCAUGUUUUUAGGUGGAAGCUCCCGUUGCUAUGGAAGCGACGCCUGUGCAACGAACAAAUUCGACAAAACCUGCAUCGAUCCCAGCCUGGUGGCCAACUACGAUGAAAUCGUCGAUCUGCCAAACCACCCGGAGAAGUUGCUGAUCGAUGUCCGACAGCCGGAGGAAUUGGCCGCCACCGGAGUCAUUCCGACCAGUAUCAACAUACCACUGAAAACCGUUCGCGAUGAGCUUAAGUUGGACGAUGGAGCAUUCCAGGCCAAAUAUGGAAGGAAAAAGCCAACCGUGAAUGAUCCCAUUAUCUUUAGCUGUCGCUCUGGAGUUCGAGCUGGCCAAGCGGCAUUUGAAGCCGAUCAGUUGGGAUUCAAAAAUGUUAAAAAUUACGUCGGCUCUUGGCUGGAAUACGCCGAAAAGAAUGGUUUACCUCAGUAAAAGUGUGCAAUAAAAAUAACUUUUAAUAUUCGUAAAAAUUAUCUCUUUCAAUUCGUUACAGACAUUUUGAAUCGUAGAAGUUGACUUAUGUGUAUUGUAGAAUAAAGUUUUCAAAUUAUUGAA